CACAAAACAAAUUUUUCGUAAGUUCAACAAAAAAAAAAAAAAAACACUGCCUAAAAUGCAAGAAUACCCACACUGUUUGUAAAAAUGAUGGCUAAAUUUCUACGUACCAAUGGGGGUACGCAGCUGGUAGCCCAUUGUCUGAGGAGCACGCAGUCGCCGCCAUCAUGUCUGAGGCAGGGUUCGCCGUUGGUCGCAUUGUCGACGUCCCCGCGCCUCAUACACACGGUGAACGAUCGGGGACGGAAGAUAAUACCGAAGUUGGUGUAUCUGCACAAUCCGUGGAAGUAUUUCGUUACGAAGCUAAAUCUGUGGAAAUUGAAGUUGUUCUGGGACUACGACUUCAUCGAGUCUGACUUCAUUGAGGGCUCCAAGCAGGCGGCCAUCGUCAUGACGGACAUCAUAAGGAAUCAGAGUGCGGAGAAGAUAAGUGAGUACACCACGCCGGUUGGCUUCCAGCAGAUCACGCGGGACAUGCUGCUUUCACGGAAUGACACGCGUCUCCAACUGGUGCGCUUCGAGAAGGAGCAUCUGCGUCGUGCCAUUCCCAUGAAAGUGGCCACGCGUCAAAAUUUCGGACGCAAGUACGCAUUCAUCGACAUGUUGUUCGUGGGCCUGCGCAACAUCAAGGACUUCGAUUCGCCCACCGAGAUGGCUGAAAUGAACGACAUCAUCAGACGGAUGGAUAACGAACUGAAGACACCCACCGAUGUGUUCCAAGUGCCGCAUCGCAUUGUCUUUGCCGAGAUUUUCAUACGCUUCCGGCGUGACUACACCGCAGACUUGAAGAACCAUGGAGCGUCCCAUGCUAACUCGUUCGGGCCCUCGACAGCAGCAGGUGACAGAGGGUCGUCAACGCCCGUGUCUGAAAAAAAUUCGUCAACGGCUGCUCUGCCACAGACAGGACGCAUUCUGCCGCGCGUGGACGAUUCCGGUUGGGCAGUGUCGUUCUACAAGAUACUCACCUUCGAUGUUCUCAACUACGAUCCCCAGCCAAAGUCGUUAUAGUUGCCCCAUCCAGUUAAUUGCAUUCAAAAUCAUGUGUUUCCAUAUUUUUCGGCCCGCCAUCUAUGCCCGAAACUCAAUGUAAGCCGCUUGUGCUGUCGAAUAAAAAUUUCCAGUCCUUUUGUUUUCUGUCCUGUGCAAACA